CUGAGAAAAUAAACAACCUAGGAUAUGCUUCUUUCCCGUCUCUGCAGCCCUUUUUUGGAAUGUGCGCUCCAGAUACUUCACUUUCUUCCCCAAAGCAGAAAGUUUUAUUUAAAAUAAAGCUGUUUGUUUGGCUCUUCUGGGCGACCCUUUUUGGAAGAACCAGAGCAAUGGGUGGCUUUGGAGCCCCACUUCGAAGGAACCAGUUCAUCCUCCUGGUAUUUUUUCUUUUGCAAAUUCAGAGUCUGGGUCUGGACAUCGAUAGUCGUCCUACCGCUGAAGUCUGUGCCACACACACAAUUUCACCGGGACCCAAAGGAGAUGAUGGCGAAAAAGGAGAUCCAGGAGAAGAGGGGAAGCAUGGCAAAGUGGGACGCAUGGGGCCAAAAGGGAUUAAGGGAGAACUGGGUGAUGUAGGAGACCAGGGCAACAUCGGCAAGACUGGACCCAUCGGCAAGAAGGGUGACAAAGGGGAAAAGGGUUUGCCUGGGAUACCUGGAGGAAAAGGCAAAGCAGGUACUGUCUGUGAUUGUGGAAGAUACCGGAAAGUUGUUGGACAACUGGACAUUAGUGUUGCUCGACUCAAGACAUCUAUGAAGUUCGUCAAGAAUGUCAUAGCAGGGAUUAGGGAAACCGAAGAGAAAUUCUACUACCUUGUGCAAGAGGAGAAGAACUACAGGGAAUCCCUGACCCACUGCCGGAUCCGGGGUGGAAUGCUAGCCAUGCCAAAGGACGAAGCCGCCAACACACUGAUCGCCGACUAUGUCGCCAAGAGUGGCUUCUUCCGGGUGUUCAUUGGGGUGAAUGACCUUGAGAGGGAGGGGCAGUAUGUGUUCACUGACAACACGCCACUGCAGAACUACAGCAACUGGAAGGAGGGGGAGCCAAGCGACCCCUAUGGUCAUGAGGACUGUGUGGAGAUGCUGAGCUCAGGCAGAUGGAAUGACACUGAGUGCCAUCUUACCAUGUACUUUGUCUGUGAGUUUGUCAAGAAGAAAAAGUAACUUCCCUCACGCUACAUAUUCAUUAUUUCCCUGUGACUACUAUCUCAGUUAUUUUUAUCCACCGUUUUCUUCCUAAUUGCACUAAAUUCAUUCUGACUCAGGACAAGUGAGACAUGAUAGACUGAGGUUUGGAAUCUCCAUCGUCAUGCCCUUCUGUGACAAUUUUGAACAAUGUCAUACAUCAUAUGUUAUUUAGCCAAUAGCUCACUGGGUUGCAUGGGUCCCAAGAGAGAGUUUAAAUUACUAGUUGUGCAGGAGGUAGUUAUCUCUGUCUCAUAUGAAAUGUUCUCUUGUCCACCUCUCCCUAGAGCUCUAAACCACUAUCUAGUCCAGUGGAUAAGUGGACAGUUUGCCCUUACCCAAAGCCAGACAUAUGGGAAGGCUUUCUGUUAGGAAUGUUGAGAUAUUAUCUGUCUUUGAACCCAAGAUCCCCAAUUCUUUGACCAGUCACCCAUCAAUCACGGUCAUAGCUGCAUUCAUAAAGUUGUCUUGUUUGCACAGACAUAGAAAUACUUCAACUCUGAAUCUCCGUAUCAGGGACUUCUAGCCCAGUGACCUGUUCUACUUUUGUGAAAUCAGAAGAUUGACAGCCUUCACUGAAGUAUACCAAGCAGUUGCCUUGGCCCUCUUUCUGUAGGCCCAUGCUUAAUCCUAGGCCCCCAGGUAUUAACUCUCUGAUUUGAGGAAAAGGAAACUUUGGAAAUUGAAAAGAAAAAAAAAGAGAAGGUUUGUUCCCAAAUAAUAUUAUUUAUAAUCCUCCUACUAAAUUGCCCCCUGCUAUUAAUACAGCUCCAUUUUUCUUUGUCUUGGUUUACGCAUAUUGACUUUCCUCCCCUUAGGCAUGGGAAAUGAGGAAAGAGGUUUGUGAAGCCUUCAGAAAAUUCUAGAAGCUUCAGGGUGCUACCAACACCAUGUCUCUAAGUCCACUCCUCCAUGCCUCCAAUAUAUCAUUCACAGUGACAUUUCACGGGCGGCUCUUUACUCUCCAUAACUGUAUGUUAUACAAACCCCACUACCAGAGAUGACAUCAGAUGAAUGUGUCAGGCAUGGAGUUUGGAACAUGCCUCAGACUCACACUUACUGAGCUGGUAAAAUUCUACUUUGAACUGCAGAUCAAACCUCAAAGCAGCUUUCAUUUGGAAUUUAAAAAUAAAUAGUUCAAAAAAACUCUAGAUCAUCCCAUUAUAAACUGCUACUCCAGUUAUAGUUUGCGGCAUAAGAUUAGACUGUUUAAAAUGCUUGCAAAAUGGUUAAUGAAAUAAGAGAAACAAGAUCAACAACAUAUGUUCACCUUAAACCAUCUGUCCAUGAUUUCACCCAUGACUAACUGGUUAUGAGACAGGAUUUAAUUAGGUUAUUUCUGUGGGUGUAAUUAGGGUCACAAACUUAGGUCCUACAGGGGCCAUACAGAUGACAUAAAUAAGUGAAAUGGAACAGGUGGGGAUCCUAGCACACUGAACACAGCUUGCCCUUUGAAAAGAACCAGCUGCUCCACAGUUUCUGCUUUUUUUGCCACGGAGGACCCAAUGUCGCUACAUGUUCUGGCAUUGCAAGAGAAAUCAGAAAGUUGGAACUUUAUAAGAUAUCUUUAUAUUUUUAAAUGUUGGCAUCUAAUCAAUUUUUAAUCCAAAUUUUAAGUCGUAUGAAACCGUCUGCUAGCCACAAUUGUGACCUUUCCAUUUCUCACCUCUGGGGAAAAGUUCUGAAGGUUCUAACCAUAUCGAAUGUCAUCAGGAUACAAUGCAUCAAAGUCAAGAUCUCUCAUUAAUAUCUCAUUCAGUUCAGUUCAAACAGAAAUUUGUUGAACGUUUGCCAUUCACCAGGUUAAUAAACUAGUUACUUAUUCAGACUUUUGAGACUGUGGCAUAUGAUAAUUUGAAGGCAGGGCAGCUUAAUAAAAAUUAGAAAGAGGACACCAUAUCAAAGCCAGUAUUCUUGGGUAAAAUACGAGCCAAGAGCACAAGGGACAAGAGCCUGGAAACACUUAGAGGAAAAGACAAGGAUAAGAAGAGAGGAGAGAGGGAAUGGACAGCAAACCUUGCCUAGGGGCAGCUCACAUUGGAAUCUAUAUUUUAAUUUGUUCUAAGAUCCCAAAGUAUGAAUAUUUAUUGUGUAUACUGAAAGUGUUAUUAUUUCUGUUAUGAUUAUUAUAAUAAUAACAUUUCUCUCAAUGACUCAUCUUUGCUGCCAGUGCUUCCAAAAGAAGAAGACAGAGUUAAAGAAUAGGAUUCAUCCUGCAACUUUGCCAGGAAGAAAUUUCAAAGGCACCACAUACUUAAUUAGAGUUACUAUAAAACUUACAUUUUGUGAACCACUCUGUGCGUUACAAAAUAAAUGCCUUCACAUAUCAUUUCUCAUUCUAUCCUGAUCAACUCUGUGAAGUACAAAGAGAAGACUUCUUUACUGCCAUUUUUCCAAUGAGAACACUGAAGCCCAAGGAAACUAAGCAACUUACCAAAAUCAGCUCAUUUGAGAGAAAAGCAGGCCUCUAACCUGCUGAUCGAAAUUGCCAAUCCAGUCUUUUCUCCACCCUCUGUUUAUUGCUCUUAUAUUGAAUGGAAGUUCAUCUAUGAUUCCCUCGUGAUAGCAGGGGCUCAAAUGGUCUCUCUUGAUUACUUUCAAAAGUUAAAGAUUAGAGUUAAUUAACAGAGAUGCUGGGGAUUCAGAAACUUGCCUUACAAAUUUAUUGUUCAGUGGUUUAUUUUUUUAAUUCAUGAAUAUCUAUACACGGCAUCAGUGUUGGGGAGGUGAGUUAGCGUGGUAUUACUACAGUUUUGCAGAUAACUACAAAUAUAAGGAAAGCAAAGCAGAUAUAUGAAAAUCAAGAUUCGCCCCAAAUAAAAAUGAGUAAAUAAUUAUUUGCCCCAUAAAACAAUUCAUUAGAGAAUUCCCUUAAAUAAUAACAUUUAAAAUCAAUUUCACUCUUAAAAAGUUGAAUUUAUACUCAACUUUUCAGAGACACAUCUGGGUACUUCCCACAAACUACAUGAAAGUUCCAAGGGAAGAAAAUAAAAAAUUAACUCACAAUUUCAUAACAGUGCCUUCUCAAUCAACAUAUUCUAUAACCAGGCAAGAAGAGAUAUCUUAUGCCCAGAUUCACUGUCCAAACAUCGUGUAAACGUGUACAUCCUAUGUUGACAGAGACAUAACAAACAUUGAUUACACUUUGGUCAACUCACCCAUAAAAACUACUGGCUUUUUAAAAAAAUCCAUUCUGUCCUGCUUAGAUCUGCAUUAUCCAAAUAUGGGCUCCUUUAAUCGUUGUUAACCAACUAAUUUUCAGCUCUCUGGAUUGCAUACUUCGAGGCAACGAGAUGUCUGUGGAACAGGAAAAGUUAGUUUAUCUAGUUAAAUCGCAGCCGACACUGCAUCAUCAACAGAUGGAGACUGAACGUUUCCAGAGAUUAUCUCUGAUUAGAAACUUGUGGUAGGAUUCCACACAGGCUAAUACAGGUCUGCAAGUAUCGCUUUGAAAUUAAAAAAUCUGGAUUU